AUGAAUUAUCGAUUAUAUGUUUCAUUACCUAUUUAUCUUGGUUUAUUACCAAGUACAAUUCUAAUAAUAACAGGUUUAAUGACAUAUCGAAAUACAAAUAAACUACAGAUAACACGUCAACGUGAAAUAAUUCAAAAACAAUUAACAAAAAUGAUGCUUAUACAAAUACCGAUAAUAAUUUGUUCAACAUUACCAUAUGUAAUAUUUACAGAAUAUACAGUUUUUUCUGCAACAAUAAUAAAAACUUCGAAUCAAAGAAUAAUCGAAAAUAUAAUUACAAAUAUCGUUACACUUUUAUUUUAUAUGUCAUUUGCAUGUUCAUUUUUCGUUUUUUUUAUUUCAUCGAAUUCAUUUAGACAAGAAGCAAAAUUAUUCUUCUUAUGUCAUAGAACAAAUUUAUUUCGAAAUAUUCAAAUUCAACCGCAUCCACUAUCGACUAUCAGAGAUACAACUCUAUAA